AUGGCGGUCAUUAAUUGUUGGAAAGCCAAAGGCACUCGCCAAGCAACCCCUUUGAAUCAUCUGCUGAACUACUACAAGGAACAGAAAAGGUUCUAUGUGGAAAAAAGGACCGCUAAACACCUCCGCGAGAGCCUCAUGCCAGUUCAGCAGCACCUCGAAGCGUGGUCAAUACCAAUCACCCGGGGACAGCAAGAGGAGGACAGGCCUGAAUUGGCAGCCUUCAUCUUGUUUCUGGGCGGGAACUACUGUGGCAUCCAUGAUCCAGCUUGUGUGGUCUACUGUAACACCAGCAAAAAGUGGUUCUGCAAUGGGCGUGGGAAUACAUCUGGCAGCCACAUCGUGAACCAUCUUGUGAGAGCCAAGUGCAAGGAAGUGACUCUUCACAAGGAUGGCCCUCUGGGAGAGACUGUUUUGGAGUGUUACAACUGUGGCUGUCGUAAUGUGUUCCUGCUUGGCUUCAUCCCAGCCAAGGCUGAUUCUGUCGUUGUCUUGCUGUGCAGACAGCCUUGUGCUAGUCAGAGCAGCUUAAAGGAUAUCAACUGGGACAGCUCACAGUGGCAGCCUUUGAUCCAAGACCGCUGCUUCCUUUCCUGGCUGGUCAAGAUUCCUUCUGAGCAAGAGCAGCUGAGAGCACGGCAGAUCACAGCCCAGCAAAUCAACAAGCUGGAAGAACUGUGGAAGGAGAAUCCAUCUGCCACCCUUGAAGACUUGGAGAAGCCAGGUGUUGAUGAAGAGCCACAGCAUGUCUUACUCAGAUACGAGGAUGCCUAUCAGUACCAGAACAUCUUUGGGCCUCUGGUCAAACUUGAGGCAGACUAUGACAAGAAGUUGAAGGAGUCUCAGACCCAAGACAACAUCACUGUGAGAUGGGAUUUGGGCUUGAACAAAAAGAGGAUUGCCUACUUCACCUUGCCAAAGACUGAUUCAGAUAUGCGCCUGAUGCAGGGAGAUGAGAUCUGCCUGAGAUACAAAGGAGAUUUGGCUCCGCUGUGGAAAGGAAUUGGCCACGUCAUUAAAGUUCCUGAUAAUUAUGGAGAUGAAAUUGCAAUUGAGCUACGGAGUAGCGUUGGGGCCCCUGUGGAAGUGACCCACAACUUCCAAGUGGACUUUGUGUGGAAGUCAACUUCCUUCGACAGAAUGCAGAGUGCCCUCAAAACAUUUGCAGUGGAUGAAACCUCUGUGUCUGGCUACAUCUAUCACAAGCUUCUGGGUCAUGAGGUGGAAGAUGUCAUUAUCAAAUGUCAAUUGCCAAAGCGCUUCACGGCACAAGGGCUACCUGACCUCAACCAUUCUCAGGUGUAUGCUGUGAAAACAGUCUUGCAGCGUCCCUUGAGCCUUAUCCAGGGCCCCCCUGGGACUGGUAAGACUGUAACAUCAGCCACCAUUGUGUAUCACCUGGCGAGACAAGGAAAUGGGCCUGUACUAGUCUGUGCCCCAAGUAACAUCGCUGUGGAUCAGUUGACAGAGAAGAUACACCAAACUGGACUGAAAGUGGUCCGCCUUUGUGCAAAAAGCCGCGAGGCCAUUGACUCUCCAGUCUCUUUCCUGGCGCUGCACAAUCAGAUCAGGAACAUGGACAGUAUGCCUGAACUCCAGAAGCUACAGCAGCUGAAGGAUGAGACUGGGGAACUGUCAUCUGCGGAUGAGAAGCGCUACCGGGCACUGAAACGGACAGCCGAGCGGGAAUUGCUAAUGAAUGCAGAUGUCAUUUGCUGCACAUGUGUGGGAGCUGGGGAUCCAAGGCUUGCGAAGAUGCAGUUCCGCUCCAUUUUGAUCGAUGAAAGCACCCAGGCCACUGAGCCGGAAUGCAUGGUUCCAGUUGUCCUUGGAGCAAAGCAGCUGAUCCUUGUGGGAGACCAUUGCCAGCUUGGCCCUGUUGUGAUGUGCAAGAAGGCAGCAAAAGCAGGCCUGUCUCAGUCUCUCUUUGAGCGGCUUGUAGUGCUGGGCAUCAGACCCAUCCGUUUGCAAGUGCAGUACCGCAUGCACCCAGCCCUGAGUGCUUUUCCUUCCAACAUCUUCUAUGAGGGAUCUCUUCAGAAUGGUGUCACUGCAGCGGACCGUGUGAAGAAGGGAUUUGACUUCCAGUGGCCUCAACCAGACAAGCCUAUGUUCUUCUAUGUGACCCAAGGGCAAGAGGAAAUUGCAAGUUCUGGGACUUCAUACCUGAACAGAACGGAAGCUGCAAAUGUAGAGAAGAUAACCACCAAGCUGCUAAAAGUGUGCGCAAAACCAGAUCAGAUUGGGAUCACAUCACUCCGUAUGAGGGGCACGUUCCUACCUGGUGCAGUACAUGCGUUCAGUGGCUCCUACACACCAAGCUUUACCAGAAGUGGAAUUGCCAGCGUAGAUGCAUUCCAAGGCCGAGAGAAGGAUUCAUCAUCUGUCCUGCGUCAGGGCCAAUGA